CCCUCCAAAAAUCCCCAACAUGACACAACAUUGGCCUGAUUUCUCUUCCCAAAAGCUCUCUCCUUUCUCUACCCCAAUCGCAACCGCUGUCUCAGCCGCUAACACCGCCGUACAAAACCCCUCAUGGGUCGACGAAUUCCUAGACUUCUCAGCGUCUCGCCGUGGCAACCACCGUCGUUCCAUCAGCGACUCUAUCACAUUCCUCGAAGCUCCAACCGUCAGCAUCGAGGACCACCACUUCGACAGGUUCGACGACGAACAGUUCAUGUCGAUGUUCACCGACGACGACGGCCUUCAUAAUAAUCCUUCCCAUAUCAACAACAACAACAACAAUGUGGGACCCACCGGCUCUUCCUCGAACACAUCCACGCCGUCCAAUAGCAUCAACGACGACAACAAAGAAUUACCACCGGCCGAUCAUAACAUGAACAAUAAUAACAACAAUAACGAUGAAGUCCAGAGCCAAUGCAAGAUAGAGCCAGAGGAUGGUACGGCGUCGAAUAACAAUUCCGGCGAUAGCUCCGGCAACCGGAUUCUCGAUCCCAAAAGGGUUAAGAGAAUAUUAGCAAAUCGGCAAUCAGCACAGAGAUCAAGGGUGAGGAAACUGCAAUACAUAUCAGAGCUCGAACGUAGCGUCACUUCGUUGCAGGCGGAAGUGUCAGUGUUAUCGCCAAGAGUCGCGUUCUUGGAUCAUCAGCGUUUGCUUCUCAACGUCGACAAUAGCGCUCUCAAGCAACGAAUCGCUGCUUUAUCUCAAGACAAGAUUUUCAAAGACGCACAUCAAGAAGCAUUGAAGAGAGAAAUAGAGAGACUUCGACAAGUGUAUAAUCAACAAAGCCUCAAGACGAUGGAGAAUGCAAAUCAUUUACCGGCGACCGGAGCCGGAGCUACCUCAGCCGUCGACAUCAAGUCGUCUAUUGAACAAGAACAGCUCCUCAAUGUCUCAUAAAUUAAUCAUCAUCAACAACAUGUCUCGCUCUCUCUCUUCUUGGCAAAAGUUCUUGACUAUAAAAUCUCUUUAGGCUA